AUGAAAUCAGAUGGAUGCUUCGCCUCGCUUGUUUCCAGGCUGAACCCUGUCCUUAUCAAGGUCGCAACAGCAUCCUUGGCUUCAACACACCGCCGCCGAAAAACUUUCGUCCUUCAGUUGCUAUUAGCAGCUGCGGCCAUACCGAGCGCAAUGAGGUUUCAAGGUGGCGCCCACAUGGCGAUAGCCGCGUUGCAAAUUCUACCGCUUACCAGCCAUGUCUACGCGCUUGACUUGGAUAUUGACAAUCAGGAGUCGAUCAAAGAUGCCGGGAGCACCGCCGCCUACAACAUGAUGACAUGGUACAAACCCUUCAAUGGGACAGACAAUCCUGGUUUUAUCGAAAGAUCCUGGUGGACAGGGGCUGCUUUAUAUCUGGCAUGUCUCAAUUACUGGCAUGCUACGAACGAUACGACUUAUAACGAAGAUGUCAGCAUCGGGUUGCAACACCAGGGAGGUGAGGGCGGAGACUACAUGCCCUCGUGGGCAAGUGGAGUAGGAAAUGACGAUCAAAUGUUCUGGGGUCUUGCGGCUAUCACCGCAGCGGAAUAUAAUCUGCCGAAUCGUCCAGAUGGCGACACAUGGCUCACCCUCGCCGAGCGUGUUUUCAACGACCAGAAGGAAUCAGGGAACGGUGGAUGGGAGACGACUAUUUGCGGGGGUGGCCUUCGCUGGCAGAAGGACGUGUGGCAAGGCGGUUAUACCAUGAAGAACUCGGUGUCGAACGGCGGCUUUUUUAUGCUCGCGGCGCGUCUCGCUUGGUUUAAACAAGAGGAUGAGUUCGCGACGUGGGCUGAGAAGGUCUGGGACUGGGCUACCAAGGUAAAUCUGGUCAAUAAAAAGACCUGGGAAGUGGCAGAUAGUGUCAGUGCAGGCUCGGGGGGCGCCGAUGGCUGCACUCUUCCUGACCACACGCGGUGGACAUACAACUAUGGCACCUUUUUGUCUGGUGCUGCUUACAUGUAUGCCUAUACGAACGACAGUAAAUGGCUUGAUAUUACCAGCAACCUCGUGGAUUCAUUGUUUGCGACGUUUAUUCUACCUAAACAAGGAGGAGUGAUCGCAGACCCGUGCGAAGCCACGGGCGUAUGCGAUGAAGACGCGAACCGGCCACUCUUCAAAGGCCUUACGAUAUCGUGGCUUGCAGAUACUGCAUUGAUCAUCCCUUCCCUUAGGGACAAGAUCCUCCCAAAGCUUCAAGCGUCUGCCGAGGGCGCUGCAAAAUCAUGCACCGGCAAAGGCCAAAGCCUUUGUGGUAACCGCUGGUACGGCGGAUACGACGGACAGAACUCAAUGGAGAAUUCAAUCACCGGCAGUCAGAUGAUGAGUGCUGUUAUGUUGAAGUUUCUCGGCUCAUCCUCAAAACCAGUCUCGGUGGCAACAGGAGGAAACGGCACCAGCGAUCCGCAUUCUGACACUGGGAAGGGUUCGGGGGGUAAGGAAUUCGCCCCCAUCACGAUGGCAGAUCGAGCAGGAGCUGGGAUCCUGACAGUGCUCUGCGUGGCUGGUAUGAUAGCAGGGGUGGUCUUUCUGUUUAGUGACGGGCCCUUAUAA